AUGGUUCCACUGGGUCCUGCAUUAAAGGAGGGAGAAAUUAACUACGUUAGCUACAGGGUGCAAGUAGUAGUGCCGACUGGGAUUGCUGUGGAAGAAAUUAUUCAGGAACUAAAUAAGGUAGGCAAGGUUGUAGAAGUAGCAGUAGACGACGUGAUAAGCUCAGAAGGGAAAAGUUACAACGCACAUUUCAGCACAAACUCUAGGUACGCCUUUUAUUUGGAAUUCGAGACAUUAGAAAAAGCCUUGGAUCUGACGGAUGAGAUAAUAAUCAGGAACAGAAAAGUGUGACUCAAUCAUACAGCAACUCUUUUUUGUGCUACAUGCGGGGAAAUAGGACAUAACGAGAAAGGGCACGCAAAACUGAAAGCAAAGAGAGAAGAAUGCAGGAAAAAAGCCGAGCCAAUAGGGAAAAGAAGGAGGAAGAAAAAAGGAUCAGCAAGCUAG